UGUUUGUGUGAGCUUAGAGAGAGAGGUUUGGAUCACAUCCUGCAGUUUUUUUUUCAUUGCUCCCUCUGUCUUUUAAGCAGCGUCGACUCCGCAGUUAUUACUUCUUGGCCAAAGCCUCCGGACGCAUCGCUGCUGUGUUACAGAGCUCAUCUUGACGCUUUGGAGAGGUCCCAGGAGUUACCUCACCUCCACCAUGACUGAUCGCUUUGACUGCUACUAUUGCCGUGACAACCUGCACGGGAAGAAGUACGUGAAGAAGGACGACAAGCACGUGUGCACCAAGUGCUUCGAUAAGCUCUGCGCCAAUACCUGUGCAGAAUGCCGGCGCCCUAUUGGUGCCGACUCCAAGGAGCUGCAUCACAAGAACCGCUACUGGCACGAGGACUGUUUCCGCUGUGCCAAGUGCUAUAAGCCGCUGGCAAGUGAGCCAUUCAGUGCUCGAGAUGAUGGCAAGAUCAUGUGCGGAAAGUGUGGCUCCCGUGAGGACGGUAACCGGUGCCAGGGCUGCUACAAGGUGGUCAUGCCAGGAUCCCAGAAUGUUGAGUACAAGAACAAGGUGUGGCAUGAGGAGUGCUUCACCUGCUUCGAUUGCAAGCAGCCGAUCCGCACACAGAGCUUCCUGACCAAGGGCGAUGACAUCUACUGCGCUCCCUGCCAUGACAAGAAGUUUGCCAAGAAGUGCUUCCACUGCAAGCAGCCCAUCACCUCCGGAGGGAUCAGCUACCAGGACCAGCCCUGGCACUCUGAGUGCUUCGUGUGCCAUACCUGCAAAAAGCCCCUGGCUGGAGCUCGCUUCACCUCCCAUGAGAACAGCGUUUACUGUGUGGACUGCUACAAGACCGAUGUGGCCAAGAAGUGUCAUGGCUGCAAGAACCCGAUCACAGGGUUUGGUCACGGCACCAAUGUGGUGAAUUAUGAAGGAUACUCCUGGCAUGAGUACUGCUUCAACUGCAAGAAGUGCUGCCUCUCCCUGGCCAACAAGCGCUUCGUCAUCAACGGAGAUCACAUCUACUGCCCUGACUGCGCCAAGAAGCUGUGAAGCGCACAAUCAGCAGCGCAGAGGCUCAUCAUCUGAGGUGGAUUUGCACCAAAACUGAUACACUGUUUUUCUGAGUGUAAAGAGACAUUCCCCUCAUCACAAACUCCAAGCUUUCUUUGGUUCUUUAAUAAGAUAAAUAUAAAUAUAAAUAAAUUUAUAUUUCAAAUUUAUAGAAAAUGCAAAUUAAUGUUGACUUCUGAAAUUUUAGGAAUAUGUCCACUUUUGGUGUCAGUUUUGGUGGAACUCCCCUUUUCUCCCUACUAGGGUGAGAGAUGUGUUAGCGCAGACUUAGGUUAUUCCAACAUUAUCCGCUCUCGUUUGAAUCACUUAGCUUCAUGUAAGUAAGUGCAGCUUGUUUCAGUGUUAGGUUGGACACUAACAUGCCAACACACUUUCUUUUUUGGAGUUGUGAUAUGCAGUAUUAAUCUCAUCUAAUCCAGAAUUCUGUGCAGCCUUUUAAGGCAAAGCCCUUUUCAGUGCCUUACUGGAAUCGUUCAAAGAGAAUAAUGUGCUUUUUACAUCCAUACUGCUGCUCAUACAUACAAGCUUUGAUAAAUAAUGUGUAAUAUCACUGAAUGUUUGAAUAGUUCACUACGAGGAUUUCACAGAUGUUCAGAACAUGAAUUUAAAACAGACAAAUUAAGUCUUUGUAGAUUGAGUGAUGCUGAAAUAUAGACUACUCAUGUACUCAAGGCUUUUGGAGUGAACUGACAAAAUAAAAAAAUAAGGGAAGUAGUGAUCUGAAGUGUCUGCUCUAUGUCCCUGCUGGCAAAAAAAUAAAGACAGGUUGCAACACAA